CACUUCCGGUGACGUGGCUCCUCUGGAAAAGGGGAAGCCGUGGCAGGAAUGUUAGCUGCGGAAUCAGCUGGAGCGCUAGUCUGCCUCACUGAGCUGGAUGGCAGGGACACACUGGUGGAAGAACUUCAGGAAUCACAACAGGGUGCUCUUUGGAACGAGGGACAGAUGAAAUCAAGAGGCGGUAGGCCCAGCUGGGCGUUGGCUGCACUGUUCACAGGUGCUGCCCUGCUGGUCAUCUCCUCCAGAGGGGCGUCCAGUGGGAAGAUGAUGUCCCAGGCAGCCAUGGCUCAUGCCACAGCCACAGCUGCUGGAUCAGGCCCAGGGCUUCCAGAUGAGUUCCUAGGCUUCCAGGCCUUAGCUGACUUCUUUGCAAGUGAACGUGCCGAUGUCUGGCUCUGCUCUCUGGUUGGGUCUGUUGCUGUAGGCCUCACUGGAAUUUUCCCCCUUCUUGUUAUUCCUAUUGAGGCAGGAGCGGCCCUCGAGACAGCGGCUGGCUGUCGGAAGCUAAAGCAGCUCCUGAGCUUUGCCAUUGGUGGUCUCUUGGGUGACGUGUUCCUCCACUUGCUCCCGGAGGCUUGGGCACAUUCCCACUCCUGCAGCCCAGACGAGAGCCAGCUCCACUACAGGACCCAGGGCCUGUGGGUUAUCAUGGGCAUGAUGUCCUUCCUUCUCCUGGAGAAGAUGUUCCCAGAUGAGCACAGUCAGGAGGACUCCAUUGGUAACAGCCAGCAUGUCCCUACCUCCCAUAGCUCAGACUCCAGUAGUGAGGUGUUGUCCCACAUCAAUGGGCACCAUUUUGAUACUUGGAGCUCGUCCUCCAAGACAAAAAGCAGCUUGCUGCAAGUUCCAAAGAAAAUAAAGACGUGUGGGUACCUGAACCUGCUGGCCAACUGCAUCGACAACUUCACCCAUGGCCUGGCUGUGGCAGGGAGCUUCCUGGUCAGCAGGAAGGUUGGGUGUCUCACCACCUUUGCCAUCCUGCUCCAUGAAAUCCCCCAUGAGGUGGGUGACUUUGCCAUCCUGCUGCGUGCAGGGUUUGACCGCUGGAGUGCCGCCCGCAUGCAGCUAUCCACAGCCCUGGGAGGGGUGCUGGGGGCCUGUUUCGCCCUGUGUGCCCAGUCUCCCAGAGGGACAGAAAAUGCAACAGCGUGGAUCUUACCAUUCUCCUCGGGAGGCUUCCUGUACAUAGCCCUGGUCAAUGUGGUGCCUGACCUCCUGGAGGAGACCAGCCUCGGACACUCCCUGUUGCAGAUCCUGCUCCUGUGCUGUGGCAUUGCCGUCAUGGCCGUCUUGUCUGCCGUAGUGGAUUGAGCUCAAAAGACAAGCCUGCUUUACCAAAAUAUAAUUGAGAACAUCACUGCAACAUUCACUGGACUGGGAAGCAAUGCCCCUUUCUAUAAAGUUACGUCCUCAGAUUGCAUUCAAUUGCCCUUUUUAUUAUAUGGAACUUUGUUUUAAUACUCCACCUAGUGCCAAAACAUCCUAUCAGCAUGGCCAUCAACAUGGAAGCGAUCUGACAAUCAGAACGGCACCUUGAAUCAUGAUACCUGCUUUUUCUAUCAGGACUCUAGACCAACUGUGUCCACCUUGUCUGCUGAUCUCUGACCACUGUCUGUGUGGACACUAAUGUGCCAAACCCAGAUAGACAUUUUGAAAUGGCAAGAGAGCUGAAGAAAGCUUAUUGAAGCUUUCAUGGAAGUAACUGGACUAUCUGAGAGCAUCAGACCAUAAUGGGCAGACAC